UAGUAAGUUUUAUAAUCCAAGCUUCACACAUCAUUAACUUCAAUUAUUACUUUGAUGAUCUCCAAACUCUCUCUCAACCUUGAAACAAAGAUCUCAGCAGCUUCUAAAACUCGGUCUUCACAACACCAACAAAUUGUUUAACAGAGUUGGUUUCGGGUGCGACCCAGACGCAUCCUCACCGCCAAAAUCGAAGGUAUCUAACUUUAGAGGUACGAAAUCAUGGCCGAUAGUGAGCAAUUGGUCUGCAUCAGCUGCGUAUCUGAGGUACGGUACUCUUUCGUGAGCCACCUCUCCGAAGCUCUCCGCCGGAAAGGCAUAAAUAGUGUGAUCAUAGAUGUAGAUAGCGAUGAUCUGCUUUCCAAGGAGUCGCAGGCAAAGAUCGAGAUAUCUAGCGUUUCUGUGAUGGUUUUAUCCAGAAUCUGUGAGCCAACUAGAGUAUGCCACAACUUCGUGAAGGUUCUCGAGUGCCAGAGGGACAAGAACCAUGUGGUGGUUCCUGUGUUGUACGGCGAGAGUCCAUUACUGGGCGAAUGGCUCAGCGUGCUGGAUUUGAGAGAUUUAUCGCCAGUUCACCAAUCCAGGAAGGAAUGUAGUGACUCCCAGCUUGUAAAAGAGAUUGUCAGAGAUGUGUAUGAGAAGCCCUUUUAUAAGGGACGAAUUGGAAUCUAUUCGAAGCUGCUGGAGAUUGAGAAAAUGGUUUGCAAGCAACCGUUGGGCAUCCGUUGUGUUGGAAUUUGGGGUAUGCCUGGCAUAGGCAAGACGACACUUGCUAAAGCGGUCUUUGACCAAAUGUCUGGCGAAUUUGAUGCUUCUUGUUUUAUCGAAGACUAUAGCAAAGCUAUUCAAGAGAAGGGUGUUUAUUGUUUGCUGGAGGAACAAUUUUUGAAAGAAAAUGCUGGUGGUGCUGGUGGUACCGUUACGAAAUUGAGCUUGCUUAGAGACAAAUUAAACAAUAAGAGAGUUCUUGUUGUUCUCGAUGAUGUGCGUAGUCCUCUGGUUGUGGAGUCUUUUCUUGGAGGGUUUGACUGGUUUGGUCCCAAAAGUCUAAUCAUCAUAACCUCCAGAGAUAAAUCGGUGUUUCGCCUUUGUCGAGUCAAUCAAAUAUAUGAGGUUCACGGUUUAAAUGAGAAAGAGGCUCUUCAGCUAUUCUCUAUGUGUGCGUCUAUAGACGAUAUGGCAGAGCAGAAUCUCCACGAGGUGUCAAUGAAAGUUAUUAAAUAUGCUAAUGGCCAUCCAUUAGCUCUCAGUCUCUAUGGCAGAGAGCUGAAGGGUAAGAAAAGACCGCCAGAAAUGGAGACAGCAUUCCUCCAACUCAAGGAACGUCCUCCAAAUAUUUUUGUUGAUGCAAUCAAGAGCUGCUAUGACACACUCAAUGACAGGGAAAAAGAUAUAUUUUUGGACAUAGCUUGUUUCUUCCAAGGAGAAAAUGUUGACUACGUGAUGCAAGUGCUUGAGGGUUGUGGUUUCUUUCCACAUGUUGGAAUCGAUGUUCUUGUAGAGAAGUGUCUGGUGACUAUUUCAGAAAACCGAAUGCGGAUGCAUAACUUGAUCUAAGAUGUUGGCCGACAUAUAAUAAAUAGAGAAACAAGACAGACUAAGAGGCGCGACAGACUGUGGGAACCUUGGAGCAUCAAAUAUUUAUUAGAAGAUAACGGAGAAAAAGAAAAUGGAGAACACAAAACAACUUUGGAACGUGCUCAGGGCCCUGAAGAGAUCGAAGGCAUGUUUCUGGACACAUCAAACUUUAGUUUUGAUAUUAAGCCUGCUGCCUUUGAUAAUAUGUUGAACCUUAGAUUGCUCAAGAUUUACAGUUCCAAUCCUGAAGUCCAUCAUGUAAAGAAUUUCCUCAAAGGCUUUCUCAAUUCUCUUCCUAAUGAGCUAAGACUCCUCCAUUGGGAGAACUAUCCUCUGCAGUUUCUGCCCCAAAAUUUUGAUCCUAUACACCUUGUUGAAAUCAACAUGCCGUACAGCCAACUUAAGAAACUUUGGGGUGGAACCAAGAACCUGGAGAUGUUGAAAACUAUCAGGCUUUGUCAUUCCCAGCAACUAGUUGAUAUUGACGAUGUUUUAAAAGCUCAAAAUCUUGAGGUAAUUGAUCUCCAAGGUUGUACAAGACUGCAGAGUUUCCCAGCCACAGGUCAAUUGCUACAUCUACGAAUUGUAAAUCUCUCUGGUUGCACAGAGAUCAAAAGUUUCCCAGAGAUUCCCCCAAAUAUUGAGACACUGAAUCUACAGGGGACUGGUAUAAUAGAAUUACCACUUUCCAUUAUUAAGCCAAACUACACAGAGCUUUUGAAUCUUCUAGCUGAAAUCCCGGGUCUUUCAGGAGUCUCAAACCUUGAGCAAAGUGAUCUCAAACCUUUAACAAGCCUGAUGAAAAUGAGCACAUCUAAUCAAAAUCUUGGCAAGCUUAUUUGCUUGGAGCUGAAAGAUUGUGCUCGUUUGCGAAGUCUGCCAAACAUGAAUAAUUUAGAACUUCUCAAAGUUCUUGAUCUUUCUGGUUGCUCAGAGCUCGAGACUAUCCAGGGUUUCCCACAGAACCUGAAAGAGUUAUAUCUUGCUGGCACUGCAGUAAGACAAGUGCCACAACUUCCUCAAAGCUUAGAACUCUUUAAUGCACAUGGUUGUGUCUCUCUCAAGUCAAUUCGUGUGGACUUCGAGAAGCUUCCUGUGCAUUACACACUUAGUAAUUGUUUUGAUCUCUGUCCAAAAGUGGUCAGCAAUUUUUUAGUGCAAGCGCUGGCUAAUGCGAAACGCAUACCAAGAGAGCAUCAACAGGAACUCAACAAAACUUUGGCUUUCAGCUUCUGUGCGCCCUCACAUGCGAAUCAAAAUUCCAAACUUGAUCUGCAACUAGGAUCUUCUGUAAUGACACGACUAAAUCCUUCUUGGAGGAACACACUUGUGGGCUUUGCUAUGCUGGUGGAAGUCGCAUUUUCGGAGGAUUACUAUGAUGCUACUGGUUUUGGCAUUAGUUGUAUUUGCAAAUGGAAAAACAAGGAAGGCCACUCUCAUAGGAUAGAAAGAAAUUUGCAUUGUUGGGCUCUAGGGAAAGCUGUUCAAAAGGAUCAUAUGUUUGUCUUCUGUGAUGACAACUUGCGUCCAAGUACUGAUGAAGGAAUUGACCCCGAUAUCUGGGCUGAUUUAGUUGUCUUUGAGUUCUUUCCUGUCAACAAUCAGACAAGGCUUCUAGGUGAUAGUUGCACAGUGACAAGAUGUGGAGUCCGUGUAAUAACUCCUCCAAACUGCAAUACAAGUCUCGAGAUAUCAUCAUCAGUUUUGUCCUUAGAUCCGAUGGAGGUUUCUGGUAAUGAAGGUGAAGAAGUAUUGAGAGUCAGUUAUGAUGGUUUACAGGAGAUAGAUAAAGCUUUAUUUCUUUACUUAGCAGGUUUGUUCAAUGACGAGGAUAUUGAUUUGGUGGCACCACUUAUUGCUAACAUUAUUGACAUGGACGUCAGUUAUGGGCUCAAGGUCUUAGCCGAUAGGUCUCUCAUACGUGUAUCUUCCAAUGGGGAAAUAGUGAUGUACAAUUUGCAACGAGAAAUGGGUAAAGAAAUCCUCCAUACAGAAUCAAAGAAGACUGACAGAUUGGUCGACAAUAUUCAGAGUUCCAUGAUCGAUUCAAAGGAAAUCGAGAUCACUCAUUCAAAGAAUCGCCGAAAGAAGAGCAGGGCAAAGAAAGUGCUUUGGUCCAUUGAAGAAGUAGCUGACCAAUGGGUUUGGCGAAAGUACGGUCAAAAACCCAUCAAAGGUUCUCCUUAUCCAAGGAAUUACUACAAAUGUACCAGCUCGAAAGGUUGUUCAGCUAGGAAACAAGUCGAACGUAGCCGCACCGAUCCAAACAUGUUAGUCAUUACUUACAUCUCUGAGCAUAACCAUCCAUCCCCCACUCAACGCAAUGCUCUUGCCGGCUCCACUCAUUCCCCGUCAUCCUCCAAAUGCUCAGCUGUAACUACUUCUGACUCAUGUAGAGUCUCCCAACACAAAGACGAACCGGAUAAAUCCCAUUUGCCUUCCUCUCCCGCUUCUCCUCCUUAUGCGGCCAUGGUGAUUAAGGAGGAGGACAUGGAGCGGCGGGACAAUAUGGAGUUCGAUGAUGACGUUGAAGAUACCUUAAUACCGGAAUUAUUUCCAGAGGAUUUCUUCGCUGAUCUCAACAAGCUUGAGUCGAAUUCUCAGACUAUGUUUCAAUCUCACAGUAGCAGCGGAGGCAACAUGGAAAACCAAGGGCGGAACUCUAGUAGUGAUGAUAUGGGGGCCAAUUUACCUAAUAAAACUCUGUGAAUCAUUGUUAUUAUUAUGCAAUGUUAAUAAUUUGCUUAAUGUUUUAAUCAACAAAUAUAAUUAAA